CGUCCAACUCCUGCCUCCAGCGCACACGCAGCUGCCGUCUCCCCGAGAGAGAGUAGCGCUUCAGCAAACAAGAGAACACAGUUCACCGUCUUCUUCGUCUUCUGUUUACUUUUCUCUCUUGUUUCCCUCGCAAUCAUGUCGGCCGUGAUUCGUUGAACGCAGGUCCUUUCGCGUCUCCGUUUUUUUUUCCUUUCUCCCGACCCCCUUCUCCAUCCCCAUCCACCCUUCCUACUUCUCGCUGGGUCCAUCCAUCGUGAGAUUCUAUCUAUCUUUUGCCGAACAGUUCUUGCAAUCCAGCAAGUGAGAGCGAGAGCAGGGAAGCAAGUGUCAUCACUCAACGUACAAAGCUCCCGUUGCUUCCGAAUAGAGUUCAAGAAGCUCUAGAAUUCCGCAGCAGAGGUUGGUGGUGGUCAUGACGACUGCUGCCGCGUUUUACAACUAUCAAUCGACAGCCGAGAUAUCGACUACGAGUGCGACGACGUCGUCGAUGACGAGACGAAGCACGACCGCGGACGAGAGCAUGACGGCGGUGGCGGCCGCGGCUGCUACGGUCACGAGAGGUGGUGGUAAUGAGGACAAGAUGAUGUCGGAUGAUUUCAGCAACCAGAAGAAGAAAAAGAGGCGGAAUGUUUUGGGCUGCGGCGUCGAAGAGGUCGAAGAUGCGGAUGAAGAGUAUGAGGAAGAGUAUGACGAUAUCGACGUGGGCGUGUUUGAGUGCGAAUUGCCUGAAGAGGAAGUGCCAGCAAUUCCCGUACCAGUCGCUGCGCCAUUGACAGAAGCAUUGACAAAGACAGUGUCGGCUCCGGGCACGGUUUCCGGGUACGCUGUUCCCGAGAACUUCUCGAUGGUUGCGCCUGGGAUCUACAGGAGCUCGUUCCCGCAAGCGGAGAACUUUGAGUAUCUCAAGAAGAAGAAUUUCAAGAGCAUCCUCGUGCUUGUGCCGGAGCCGUAUCCGGAGCACAACAAGCGAUUCCUGAAGGAAAACAACAUUCAAUUCUUCCAGGUUGGUUUGUCGCAAAACAAGGAGCCGUUCGCGAACGUGUCGAGCGAGGCCAUCACGACCGCGCUCAAGAUCGCAAUCAACCCGGCUAAUCACCCGUUACUCAUCCAUUGUAACGGCGGCAAGCACCGGACCGGGUGCUUGGUGGGCUGUAUCCGCAAGCUGCAGGAUUGGUCGUUGACUAUGAUUUUCGAUGAGUAUCGUCGAUUCGCGCACCCAAAAGUCCGACCGCUCGAUCAGCAGUUCAUCGAGCUCUACGACGAGCGCGAGGUAGUACUUUUGGGACGAGUGUACAAGUGGUUGCCGAUCAGGUGGGAUAAGUCCAUGACUCAUUCGCGGCCGUCCCACUCUAGCGGCGCAAAGGCUGGCUCUGGUGUCGCGGCCGGUAGGGAUCAGAGAGCACCGCAGGCUUCGGUGGCUUCUCUUCACACCCCUCUCGUACCUAAACAUCAUCAGUCCCAGUACCACAGCCUACACCAGCAUCAGUCGCAGCCGCUACUGUCCUACGCCACUUCCUCGCGUAACUACAGGGUUCACUCGGGCGAGCACAACUCUGCUGCUUUCUCAAACAACGCAGGCACUCUUCUACCGGCGGCCGCAAUGAACGCAACCACCGAGCCCGCUCAGUCUUCGUCGUCGACAUCGCCCCCUUCACCCCCCGAAGCCGGAGGCGAGAUGAGUGAAAAGCUGCUGAUGUCGGCCGUUUCGGUCGCGCCGUUUGCGUGAUUUCUCUUGUCUGCGCAGAUGUAGCAGGAGGGUCUUUCAUUAGUGUAUCUCAUUGUUUCUUUUUCUUUUUUGUGAUUUCAAAUGUUUGUUCUUUCUGGAGGAGUUUUCGGAGUGAUUAUUUAUCAGUUCUCUCGUUCGUACUUUUAUCGUCUACAUUCUUCUCUUCUCACUGUAUAUUCAUAUUUAUAAAAAACUACUCAUUCUCUUACUUUGUGUAUGUUUUGCUUUUCUUUUUCUUUUCAUUGUAUGUAAAUGUUCCGCGACGACGAGAAUAUAUAUGGAAAAACCAAUAGGUACCUACCUUAUUUCUCAAUUGACAGUGAUGAUCUACAGUACGCAAUGGCCGGA